AUGGUAGGUUCGCAUACCGCAUCGUCUCACUUACCCAAGGCGGCUGAUGCAGGUUCACCACGAACGCCUACAGAUGGCACCGUCAUUAGUGCAUGGGUGGAACACCGCAACGCCCAGGGCCGUGUAUAUUGGUACCAUCCAGGCGAGCGACGGAGUGUAUGGGACAAGCCUGAUGAACUCAAAAGUGCACGAGAACGUGCCAUGGAUUCUACGCCAUGGCGUGAGUACAAAUCCGGGGAGCGUAGUUACUACGUGAACAAAGAGACGAAGCAGUCGACAUGGACUAUGCCGUCGGACUUGAAAGCGUACUUGGACAGCAUUCCUGACGAUCCGCCCAAAGCUAUUGCGGCCCGACCUUCUGCAUCGCCACGCCCUGCACCCGGCGAAGCAGGGGGAGCCAGCACGCCACUGAGCGCACCAGGAUCUGGCACGCCCGAGCCGAUGGGGCCGGGCACAGCGGCGCCUCGGCAGAGCUCGAGCAUUGGCGGCGGAUCAAACAUCCGCAGCGCGCCUUUGAUGUACAACAGUUAUGAGGAAGCCGAAGCUGCGUUCAUCUCGCUGCUUCGCUUAAAACAGGUCGGCCCUGAUUCGACAUGGGAGCAAACGUUGCGUGUGAUUGUCACAGAGCCGCUGUACAAAGCUCUACGAUCGCUGGCCGAUCGCAAAGCGGCCUUCACCAAGUACGUGCAAGAGCUUAAAGACGAACAGGCUGCGCAACGUGAAGCCAAGGAAGAAAAGUUGCGUCCUGCUAUGGCACGGGCGCUGCAGCAACAGCGUGCAGGUAUGCUGAAACCGUAUGCAAGCUUUGCGACGUUCAAGAAGCGACUGCAGGAUACAAGCCUCUGGGCGGAGUUGGAUGACGAGGCCCAGGCGCAUACCAUCUUUGAGGCAAUACGCCACGAUGCCCGUGAGAAAGACGCGGUGCGGCAAAAGCACGUGAAUACGCACAACCGUACAGCGCUAGAAGCACUGCUGAAGUCCAUUGAUAUGCAGCCUACGACGCUAUGGCGUGAUGUGCAUCGUACCAUUCUCGAGUCGGACGAAUACCGUAGCGAUGCGCGCCUGCAGACCAUGUCGUUGUCCGACAUGUUGCAAGUGUUCGAGGCGCAUAUGGCGACGGUUGAGGGCGAGGCACGGGCAGCGCAGACGCAGCAGGAUGCGACGUCAAGGCGCAAAGAUCGAGAGGCUCGUGAUGCAUUCCACGCGAUGAUGCAAGCACACAUUGAUGAUGGCACGAUGCAUGCACGCAGUACCUGGACAACGUACUAUGCAGUCAUACGGCACGAUGCACGUUUGGAUGCGAUGCUAGCGACGCAGGGCUCGACAGCACAAGAGCUGUUUUACGAUCGACUGGAUGAGCUAGAGCGGGCGUUUGCCACGCAACGACGACAUGUCCAAGCGUACAUGAAAGAGAAUAAUAUCUUGGCUUCGCGGCCUUCCGACUGGGGCAUUUGGCGUGAGGCGUGCCAGUCGUCCAAGGCGCCGGAGGCGAUACGUACGCUCUCUGAGCGGGCUCUCCAAGCGUUGUUUGACGAGUGCUUGUACCAAGCGGAGCGCGAUGCUCGUGAAGCGCGUCGGCGUGCAGAGCGCCGCUUACGCCAUGCGGCAGACGACUUGCGUUAUGCCUGCAAGCACGUGGACCCCCCGCUCGAUAUCCAUGCCUCGUUUGAGGAGAUUGUACCGCGUCUACGUGACCUACCUGAGUUCCGGCGCCUGGCAGAGACCUCGGACGGUAUGGAUGUGGCACGUAGUGCAUGGGAUCGCUUUGCCCGUCGGCAGGCUGAAAAGCAGGCGGAUGCGAGGCAUGCGCCGGGCCGGUCGCGUACCGACUAUACCGAUUUGGACGACGCGAGUGACGAGCGCAAACGCAAGGACUUGUCGCGCGCCGAAGAUCCCCGUGCGGUACGCCGGCGCACCGAGUACGAUACGUAG